AUGACUGAUCAACAUCAUUGUAUCAACUGCGGCAUAGCUACUUGGCGGCGUAAUCCUUCUAUAGGAUUACAUAAAAUAGAAGACGAAAGCAUUCUUUCAGUGAUACAGCGAUGGGUUGCACCUGAAGUGAUUUCAAGAAACAGAGCUCUCAUAUGUCACAGUUGCUGGGUGAGAGCUGAUAGAAACGCCCAUCAUUUUGUAUCUGCACCUUCUGGAUCCUCAACAUCAGUAUAUGAAACAAGUGAACAAGAGGAAUUGACUUUGCAGUCUACUUCAGGGGAUACUUUGCAGUCUACUUCACAGGCUACUUUGCAGUCUACUUCACAGGAUACUUUGCAGUCUACUUCACAGGAUACUUUGCAGUCUACUUCACAGGAUACUUUGUAG